ACAACUUCUUUUAAUCAGUUGGUAUAGAAAUCCGCCAGAUGACAAAAUUGGUCGAUUCUGGUAUGACAAGAAUUGGGAAACUAGAAUUCAAGAACAAGGCUACGCACCACAAAAACGUAUUGGUGGAUGGAGGUUUAUAAAAUUUUGUCCUGAUAAGCAGACAGCCGAUACCGAGCAAAGUCUGCAGGAAACAUUACAAGCUAUAGAGAAUGCUGUGUCAAGAGAAAUGUUAGAAGAGCGAUCAUCUGUCAUAAGGAAUAAUUGGAAGGUUAGACAACCUUCAAAAACAAUAAACUAUUCUUGCCCACCUGUGAUAUCACUCGAGUCUAGAAAUUCUAGUUCUAAUUCUGAGUCAAGUUCGUCCGCUUUCCCUUCAACUACUAUCCCACAAAGCAUCCCAACACCAAUGAAGCCAAUAGAAUUGGUUCAACAAGCACAAGAUUCUAAAUCGCGUGAAUCAAAAUUUCCUACUGAUCAGCAGCAUAAUCAUUUAGAAAGAUGCGUAAUAAAUCUUGAUCAAAAAAAUCAUGAAAAUUUUAAUUUAUCAGAAAAAUCAACUACUUUGGAUGAAAAUUCGCAAAAUUUUAUUGUUAGCUUAACAUCUAAAGAAAAUUCAUCCAAAGAUAAUUCAAAUUUUCCAGAAAUGCCUACAAAAGAUAUGAAAAUCGAGCUUAAAAAUAAAAUAAUAGCAAAACAAGGCUCCUCGUUUGUUAAUAACAAUAUUAGCAAAACAUCAUUUGAUAAUGAGUCAAUAGCAAAUGUGACUGAAAAGGUAAAAAAAGAUGGUAAUGAAGAUAAGGAAGGAAAUUUAAGGAAUAAGAAUAAUGUUGAAUUAGACGAAAAGAUAGGUGAUUUUGUAAAAGAUGACGAGAAAACACACA